GCCCCGCGGACUUUACACAGGGUUUUAUACGGUCUUUAGAGAGUAAAGGUGUUAGCGUGUGUAACGAAUGUGAAGAAAGUCAACAUAAAAAGGACAAAGUUUGAAUUUUAGGUCAUUUUUAUUCGUGUGACGUAACGUGGAACAAAUGCUAAAGGGAGCUAAUGCUAAAAACAGACGGGAGUCGCUCUUUAAAUCUUUCAUAUUACACUUCUUUUGUAAAUUGUGUGGCUUAAUGGGUCCGGAAUAAACACGACGUCCUCCUGAACAUUGGUGAUGUUCAAAUCGUCCUGAAAAUAAUCUUUAAAUGCAGCAUAAACACCACUUAGCAUCACACGAGCUGUAGCAUUGAGCUAGAAUCUGCGAUGCCCGAUCUGGGGCUUCAGGAGAUGUGAUUGACAGCUGUGUGGACCAAUGGCCUUGCGCUCUUUUCCCUCUUGGACCAAUCUCAGGGCGUGUUUGCUCCGGAGGCGGGGCUCCGCAGGCUCGGCCGCUGACACCAUUCAUGUUCCCGGGGCGGGCUCCGCGGACCGUUUCCUGCACUGGUGCAUGGUGGUCGAACAGGAGGAAUUGUUGGAAAUUUCUGGAGCUGAAUAAUGCUCCUAGCACAGAUAAACCGUGGCGACGCUCAGGGGAUGGCAGAGUUUCAGGAUGCCGAUGGUCAACCGGUCACUCUGUGUCUGACUGAGACAGUCACUGUGGCAGAUGGAGAUCAGAUGGAAGGCGUGGACACGGUGAGUCUUCAGGCUGUGACAUUGGCAGAUGGUUCCACGGCGUAUAUUCAACAUGACUCCAAACCGUUCCCCGAGGCUCAGAUCAUGGACGGACAGCUUAUCCACUUUCAACAUGACUCCAAAGCCUUCACUGAACCUCACCUCAUGGACGGACAGGUCAUCCAGCUCGAGGUCGGAUCUGCAGCCUAUGUACAACACCUGUCUGUGCCCAAAGCAGGAGAUGGUCUACAGUUAGAGGAUGGUCAGGCUGUUCAGUUGGAGGAUGGAACCACAGCUUACAUUCACACCCCCAAAGAUUCGUAUGAACAGUCAGGUCUGCAGGAGGUGCAGUUGGAGGAUGGGAGCACGGCUUAUAUCCAACAUACUGUGCACAUGCCCCAGUCCAAUACCAUCCUCGCCAUCCAAGCCGAUGGCACAGUGGCCGACCUGCAGGCGGAAGGCGCUAUAGACCCCGAGACCAUCAGUGUCCUGGAGCAAUACACCACCAAGGUUGAGAACAUAGAAAACCCUUUGGUUCCCUUUGGUCGAGUGGAGACGGACAACGGCGUUCACAUGAGAAUUGUACUUCAAGGUCACGAUAACAGACGCAUGACAAAUGUUGGAGAGAAGGCCUUCAGAUGUGACUAUGAAGGAUGCGGGAAACUCUACACCACAGCACACCAUCUCAAAGUCCAUGAGCGAUCACACACUGGGGACAAACCCUACAUCUGUGAAUAUCCAGGCUGUGGAAAGAAGUUUGCAACAGGUUAUGGUCUGAAGAGCCACUCGAGGACUCACACUGGAGAGAAGCCGUACAGGUGUCAAGAACUCAACUGCUGCAAAUCAUUUAAAACGUCUGGAGACCUGCAGAAACACAGGACACACACAGGAGAGAAACCUUUUAAAUGUCCAGUGGAGGGCUGCGGUCGGUCGUUCACGACCUCAAACAUUAGAAAAGUUCACAUCAGGACUCACACAGGAGAGAGGCCGUACUAUUGCUCUGAGCCCAGCUGUGGGAGGAGCUUUGCCAGCGCCACGAACUACAAGAACCACAUGAGGAUACACACAGGAGAGAAGCCGUAUGUGUGCACAGUCCCUGGAUGUGAGAAGCGUUUCACAGAAUACUCGAGUCUCUACAAACAUCAUGUGGUGCAUACGCCCUGUAAACCCUACAACUGCAACCACUGUGGAAAGACCUACAAACAGAUCUCCACUCUGGCAAUGCACAAGAGGACUGCCCAUAAUGACACAGAGCCCAUCGAGGAGGAGAGCGAGGCCUACUUUGAACCAUCAGAUGCAAUGGAUGACCCGAGCGUGAACUACGGACGAGCAGACGGAGAAGACUCAGGAGUAGAACCUGUCCCAGAAAAUCCAGAGAUGAUCCAGAGACAACACUUGGCUCUGGUCACACAAGAGGAUGGGACACAGCAACAGGUGAGCAUCUCGGAGGCAGAGCUUCAGGCAAUGGGUGGGACUAUCACUAUGGUGACGCAGGAGGGCACGACUAUCACGAUCCCAGCACAUGAACUCACCCACCAGAGGGCGCAUCAUCUGACCAAUCAGGGCGGACACCAGCUUACCAUGGUAACAGCCGACGGAGGAGACGAGCAGGUGGCGAUCAUGGCCCCUGAUAUGAGCACGUUUCAGACAGUAGAAGAAGCAGCAUACGCUCAGGAUCAAGGUGAUGGUCCAGUAACGCUGCUCGCCACGUCCAACGGAACGCACAUCGCUGUACAGUUGAGUGAGAGUCCGUCGCUGGAGGAGGCCAUCAGGAUCGCCUCAAGAAUACAACAAGGAGAGUCUCCAGGCCUGGAGGACUGACAAUAAACCAGGACUGGGACUAGACUAGGGGUGCGCUCACACUUGCCCAGUCACCACAUCACAGCUAAACUUAAAACUAACCUAAAACUAGACCAGGACUAAACCAGAAGUGAUCAGAACAAGUGUGAACGCAUCAGAAAACUAGGACAUGGACCAGGACUUGGACCAGGACUUGGAACAAGCCAGAUCUAUAGGAGCCUGGGCAGGUCUGGGAAAAAGUGAUUGAAAUGCUUAAAAAUGUAUUUAAACAGUAUUGAGUUGAGUUCAUUCCACAAACCAGUUUUACAGGUUUAACAGGUUUUAUGUCAGAUGUCCUUCAUCAUGGCCCACCACAUUACUAUGACAGAAAGGGGCAUACAAAAAGAGUAUAUGCCUGGGUCUGAACCAGUGACUCUCUGGUAGUAGUGCUGCACAUUUUUGGUUGGAAAAAGUAUUAUGAUUGCAGUUGUAUAUUUUGAGUUUUCAAAUCUGGAUUAAUUUAAUACAUUAUGUCCAUCAGCAACAAGAUUUUAAAGAACGCUGAAAAAUGAACUGCUAAACUAAUCCAAAAAUACCAUGAACAUGUUUGUAGAGGGCUAAAGUGUACAGCCAGCUUUUACAGAGUAAGACUCCAUUGAGACAAAGGGAGGGCAUCUGACACAGAGGAAUAGGAGCUUGCCUAAUUGACUGCAGACUUUGGAAUUUGAUAAUUGUGACCAACCCUUACAUUUUUUUUCAUAUGUUUAAUAAUGAGUUGAUAGCAUUUUGCAUCAGGCCUAUGAUUAUGGUACCUCUGGGAAAACCUGGACUGUUCUUGGUCACUGGUCUGGUCUCUUUGGUCUUAGUCCUGGUCUCUGGUUUUAGUCCUGGUCUCUGGUCUGGGUCCUGGUCUCUGGUUUUGCACUCGGACUUUGACAAAUCGAGUCUUCCAACACAAGCUGCGCUUUUAUUGUACAUAGAACUGUAGGAUUUUGAUAAAUGGACUCUUAAAGUAUUUUGUCCCUGAAUGUGGAGGGAGAGCUUUCUAACAGUGUACAGCUAAUGCUAUUUCUAAUAAAAAAAAAAUGUGAAGAACUAA